AAUAUAUUUACACAGCUCACAUCGCUUGCUGCAGUCGACUAGUUCAUGAAUAUCCCGAUGGAAGUUCGUGUCUUUGUCUUCCGAUGGAAUCUUCUUGAAAAUCUUCUUAAGGCACUCAGAGCAAUAAAAAUUGCUCCUCUCGGCGAGGCGUUGAGUCUCAUUGCGACCAGAGCUGACAACAAGCGAAUUCUGUCUCGACAUGGCCAUAUGUAAGCUUCGACAAGGCGGCAACGAAGAUGAAAUCAAU